GAGCGGGGAGGGAGGCGGUACACUGGCCAAGCUAUGGUGACGCCACGGUCACGUGGCUGGCCAGGAGCCUACGUAGGUAGCAGCCCCAGCGCCUGCCCUGGGGUCUGGUCCCUGGUGGAGUUGGCGUGGACCUACCUGGCUCUCAGAGCUGCCUGAACGGUGGUCCAGGGUCGAAAGGGCAUUGGUGAGUUGAGCCCAAGGAGGCGCAGUUCUACCCUGCCCAGCUCAGGUCUGUGCAGCAUUUUCCAGAGCUCUAGAAGACUAGAGAAAGAGGAAGAACUGCCCAGAAUCCUUGCAGGACAGGAAAACAAGGAGACAUCUCAACAUGGAAAAUUUCUACAAUGAAAAUGAAGGAAAGUUGAAAAGUGGGGCAAAGCCAGGAGAUGAGGAAAAGUCAGAGGACAAUGAAAUGCCACACAUCAAGAGGAAUCCAGAGCACAGAAAGCGCCAGGUUGAGGAACGGGCAGACCAGGAGGGACAAUCAGAAGAGGGCAAGCAGGAAAUACAGGGCAAUUCCAAGGAUGAGGGAAACCCACUGAGUGAGGAUGAGCCAGACUUGCAGGGAAAGCCAGGGAGUGAGCCAUGGGCUGCUGAGAAGCGCUCGGCAGAAGAUCAUGUGCCCCGGAAAGCUAAAAGAAAAUCAGACAAGGGAGCAGAGGAUUCCUCUAGAGACUGUCAGGAGAACUUAGAGGAAAAGCAUUUGGGGGAAGAGAUGAAAGAAUGUGGAGAUUUGUCAAGGCCCCAAGAAGAGCUAAGGAAAAAGCAGAAAGUGAGUGGUUUUCAUUGGACACAGCGAGAUGUGCAUGACCACCUUGCCCCUAGAGGCCAAAGAGGUAUUAGAGGAGUGAGAGGUGGAGGUAGGGGACAAAGAGGGUUACAUGAUAUUCCUUAUCUUUAAUGCCUUUGGCCUUGAAUUCUGUUUUCUCUGAUGAGAAUAUUGCAGACCCUGCUUUUCCUGACAGUCAUUUGCCAGGCCCUGUGCUUUAAACUUAUCCCAAUACUUUGCUUUAGGUGUCACUCUUGUUACCAGCAACGUUUUGGCCAAACUGGAGUCCUCAAUCGGUAGGGCAUAUUCACCCAGGUGCAUGGAAGAGAUAUUAUUGUACAUUGUUAAAUAACAAUAAAGAAUAUUAAGCUUUGAGAAUUGCA